AUUGUAAAACAAAAUCACUAAGAAAGCAAUGCUUAAAAUAUUUUUAUUGAUUCAAACAAAUUAUUACUUCAAUUCAAAGACCAAGUGAAAGCUUUUAUUGCACCCAUAUCAACCGACUACCGACCUAAAAAAAAAAAAAGACCAUCAUCACACGCGUACCACGCGACUAAAGCGCGUGUUCGACUCGAAAUAUCCAAACACUACAUUCAGGCCAACCACCAAAACGCCUUCUUCCCAACUCUCUUCUGAAGAAUUAUUUUAUUACAAUAAUAAAAUAAUAAAUAAACUGUAUAAUCAUCCACCAACAUUUGACUUCUUUCCUCGUCGUAUAUAUAAAUACACAAAACAAAUUUCUUGAAGAAAUCCCCAAAUCCCAAAUCCGAAUAUUCAAUUAUUUUAUUUUCUAAUAAUUGCAAGUACCCACAAAUUCUUCACCUGCAAAAAACAAAAAAAACAAAAAAAAAAGAAUUGAUUUAUUUGAUGGGGUUGCAUAUUUAAAUCCAUGCAACUACUUCUGUUGAACGUGUGUGCAAGUUUCCCCUUUGAUUUAAUCCAACCUUCAUAAACAACCCAUCUUCUUGAUCAUUGAGAAAUAAGAAAAUAAAAAUGGCUUCUUUAAAAUCAUAGCGCUUGUUUUUUUUCUUGAUUUCUUUGUCCGAAUUAUUUCUGAGGCUGAGAUGUCUUUUGACCAAGGGAAUGGAGAAACUGAGAAUACUUCAGGUUCUCUCCUUGACCUCCUACGACUGGAAACCUCCUCGGACUGGGGUGACGACGAAAGCCCAAACGAGAAACGGGACUCUUCUUCCAGCCCGAAAAAGAGGCUGAAGAGUCUGUUAUCCGAAGCGGGGAAUGGAUUUUGUGCUGAUUGUGGAUCUCCAGAUCCAAAAUGGGUAUCUUUGAGCAUUGGAGCAUUCAUUUGCAUAAAGUGCUCGGGUGUACAUAGAAGCCUUGGAGUGCAUAUAACAAAGGUUUUAUCCAUGAAUCUUGAUGAAUGGACCGACGAGCAAGUUGAUGCCUUAAUCGAAAUGGGAGGAAAUAAUGCCGUAAACUUGAAAUUCGAGGCUCAGAUCCCAGAAAAUUAUUCUAAACCGAAACCAGAUUCUUCUACAGACGAGCGAGCCGAUUUCAUAAGGAAAAAAUACGAGCAUCAACAGUUUAUGAACAACGAUUUACAGUUCUAUUGCCCGUUUCCAUCACCUUCAACCUCCCAUUAUAGUAAUCCGAGCUGUUACUCUCAAUCUUUACCCGAAAAGAAAAACACUAAAAAACAAUCUGGUGGGACCCGCAUACAUGGUAUCGGCCACGUUUUUCGUAACAGCUGGAGAAGAUCCGAAAGAUCCGAAAGCAAGCCUAGGAAAACUAACUCUAUGGAAGGUAUGGUUGAAUUUGUAGGAUUGAUUAAUGUGAAUAUAGUGAGAGGCACGAACCUAGCUGUACGAGAUAUGGUUAGUAGCGAUCCGUAUGUCAUCCUCUCACUCGGAAAUCAAUCAACAAAGACACGGGUUAUAAAGAACAACCUCAACCCCGUUUGGAACGAAAGGCUAAUGUUGUCAAUACCCGAAAGUGUUCCUCCUCUAAAAUUGUUUGUGUACGACAAGGACACAUUCUCAACGGACGAUUUCAUGGGGGAUGCGGAGAUAGAUAUUCAACCACUUCUCUCCGCCGCAAAAGCAUCGGAGUGCUCUUCGAUUAGUGAGCCGAUCCGAUUCGGAAAUUUUAAAACGGACAAAGAAAGCAACGUGCUCGUAAAAGACGGUACUAUCACCUUAGAAGACGGUAGAGUCAAACAAGAAAUAGCUAUUAAAUUGCAGAAUGUCGAACGAGGUGUGUUGGAAAUCGAGCUCGAAUGCGUGCUUCUCACACAAUAAUAGCAUAUGCAAAAAAUGAGUCGAGAGGAAAAUUAUCCGCAAGUCUUUUUUUUUCCGGUCGAUUGGCCAAUAACUGUAUACAGUUGUAGAAGACUUAUUUAUAUAGCAUGACAAAUUUGACCUUACCUCAGGGGGGGUUGGCCGUAAUUUGCUCAAAAUAAUAUGUACAGUUUCUUUUAUUGGGUUUUAUAUUUUGAGCCCUUUUUCGUUUUUACGUAGUCCGGUAGAUUAGUUGGGUGAAGAAUUUUCGGUUUUUCACCCGAGAAAGUUUUUGUGUUUGGUGUUGUUGAGAAUUGUAAAGAAGAGUGCUAUAUAUAUAUGGUUUUGUAGCAUCAUUUGUUUG